CUUGCAAUGCCGCCUCUAUCCAAUCGAACAUGUUUGCAAGUGGAAGAUGCUCACGGACAGCAUGUGAAGGAGGUCAAGAUGGACCCUUCUGAGUAUGAGGAACGUCCCGGAAUACGAUAUGCUGUACUCACUCCAAAACGACCCCGAUUCCGCAUUCCGGAUAGUUUUGAAGGUCGCAGACAGGAGGGAGAUACUAUUGGAGAUCUCCCACGAUGCCCAGAUGUCAGCCAGUGGGUUCCGCGUCCUGUCUUACCUCCUUAUCAACACAUUCCUGUUCGGAGUCGGUUUCAUGUAGACCCGAUGAGUAUGCGUCCUCAGUGGAAUCCCCAUUUGGGAAGGCCCCUUCCAGAUCAGAUGUACUAUCAGAUGGGAUUCCCCCGAGGCCCCUAUGGCAUUCCACCUCAGGGAGGGUAUCAAGGGAUGCCAAACUUCCCAAUGUAUCAGAGGCCUCCUCCUGAGUGGGCUGUGCCUCCUCAGGGACAUUCUCAGUUCAACGAAAGGAUGAGGCCGCCUUCGCGGGAUUCUUCUGAUGCUGCUCAUCCGUCCUACACUCAAUCUAAUUUUUAAUUUUUAUA